AUGGCGGCGGCGGGCGGCGCCGCCGCCGCCGGCGGCGGCGGCGGCGGCGACCCCGGCGGCGGCGCGGCGACGACGGACGACCCGCCGCCGUUGUCGUGGAACCGCGCGCGGGAUUUACGCGCGGUGAAGCGAUGGCUCGGCGUGACGUCCGCGGACGCCGAUCCCGCGACGGAGAUUCGAUGCGCGACGACGAAGCGCGCGAUCGCCGUGGGGUACGCGCGCGUCCUCCUCGGCGACCACGGUCCGUACCUCGAGCUCUCGCGCGCGUCCGUGCGGUGGGAACACAUGCGGAAGGUGCCCGCGGGGGAGGCGAGGUUCUACGACGAGUGGCGCGUCGUCGGCGGCGACGACGACGACGACGACGACGACGGCGACGGCGACGACGACGACGUCGACGCGUCGUCGUCGUCCGGCGGCGGCGCGAAGCUCUACGAUCAGCUGAAGUCGGUGCGAGGGCAGGCGAACCCGCCGAAGGACAACGCGUGGGCGGUGUCGUGUGACCGCGACGUCGAGGAAGGGUACGCGGACUACCGCGUCGGGAUGGCGUACGUGGGCGCGUUCGACGUGGAGGUCAACAGACGCGGCGGCGACGGCGGCGGCGCCGGCGGUUGGCGCGGCAUGCCGAGACCGCGCGGAAGCGGCCGCGUCGCGUGGUGGAAGCCGUCGAAAGGGAUCGGCGCGAUCGUCCCGGACGGCCGUCGCGGCGUCCGCGGCGGCGACGGCGGCGGCGUCGUCGUCCGCGCGGAAGCCGUGGUCGAUUUCGGGGCGGCGGCGGCGGCGGCGGCGGCGGCGGCGACGAAAAACGCGCCGCCGCUGCUCACCCCCGGCGAGGGCGUGUGGUUCGACGUCGACGCCGCCACGGGCGAGGCGAUUAACGUCACCGGGCCGGGAUGCGAACCGACGCGGUUCGCGUGCCCCGGCGCGCGCGACGCGCGCGACGCCGCGAGCGUCAAGGCGAGAGCGCGAAUGCGCGCGGCGGCGGCGGAGAAAGCGGGGAAGACGCCGCCGACGCCGGCGGAAGCCGCGGCGGCGCGCGCGAGGAUCGCGCCGUGGGACGCGCGCGCGGAGGCGGAGCGACGCGCGAUCGCGGCGGUCGCGAGGCGGUGCGCGAGGAUCUUGCGCGAGAACUGCGCGAAGAUCGCGGCGGCCGCGACGGUUGACGUUUCGUCUUCCCCCGCGCCGAAGCUCCCCGCGUGGCUCGCCGGCGUCUCCCGCGGCUCCGUCGUCUGCCCCGUCGCCGCGACGCUCCUCGCGCCGCCCGAGAUCGACGGCGGGCUCUCCGCGAUCGCGGCCGACGUCGCGGACGCCGCCGCGGGCGUCGGGCCGGACCGGUGGGGACCGCGACGCGUCGUCGCCGUCUCCGCGGCGCGCGUCGAAGCGUUCGCCGCCGCGUUUGCGUCGGCGUCGGCCGCCGACGCCGACGCGGCGAAGACCGUCGCGAACGCCCGCGACGCGCUCGAGAAGCACGUGCUCGGCGACGACGACGACGUCCCACUGGUCGUGAUCCUUCCUCAUUCGACGUCGUCGCGACGGUUGACGUUUCGUCUUCCUCGAGGGUUGAUCCUCGCGUUGCGCGCGACGCCGCGCGUCUUCGCAGUGAUCCUCCCUUCUCUCGGCCCCGAGACGUUGCUCAGAGAGCUCGUCGCGCUCGCCGGCGCGUGCGCGCGCGGGACCGCGGCGUUCGUGCCGUGCGCGAUGCGCGCGGUCGUCGCGGGCGCGGGGGAAGACGGAACGUCAACAGUCGCGGCGGCGGCGGCGUCGGCGGCGUCGGCGUGGGCGACGGCGACGCGAGAGGGGUGGGGCGCCGCCGCGGGGUUCGACGACGGCGCGAGCGGACGCGCGUACUGCUGGGCGUGCGGCGACGGCGGGCACGUCAAGAGCGCGUGUCCGAGGAGAGAAGGAGGGGGAGGAGGUGGUGGGAGGAGAGAGACGCCGGGAAAAGUCCUUAAGGAUCGGCGUUCACCACGCGAACGCGGUCGUAUGGGGACCAGUGUGUGUCCAACCGCGCGGCGGGCGGAGGAGGAGGACGGCGACGACGUCGCCGCCGGCGUCGCGGCGUUAGCGCUGUAG